GCCGUCCGCAUACACGUAGCGCUGAACCAGACGCGACACGAAUUCACCGUUCCGACAUUUCUACACGUCUUCACUAUACGUUUUGCGUCCGUCCGCCGUUGUUGCCAGUCGAACAGUUUUUGCCGUUUUUAAAUCAAUCCAACAACAACCGUGAAAAUGCCUGUAAACCCAAGUGCAAUGCAAUCGGCCAAUAAUGGACCUAGGUCACCAUCUAAACCAGGUGCAUCUAGAACAGCCGGAAAUGUGCUUAGACAACGAAAAACUGCUGCACCUACUACAUCAGUUAGAAACCGCAAUACUGGAACUAGCAGUGGAGGCAUGUGGCGUUUUUACACAGAUGACUCACCUGGAAUUAAAGUAGGACCCGUGCCUGUAUUAGUGAUGUCUUUAUUGUUCAUUGCAUCCGUUUUUAUGUUGCAUAUUUGGGGAAAAUAUAAUAGAGCUUAAUUUAUUUGUUUAA